GAAUUAUACCCCGCUUCAUUACCCCUCCAAUACAACUCAAAAUAAUACACACAUUUUCACAAUAUGGCAGCACCAGCAGUUACGGGUCCUUUGAUCAAGCUGAACAAUGGAGUUCAGAUGCCAGCUUUUGGUUUCGGCACAUUUGCCAGUGAGGGUAGCGUAGGAGAGACACACAAGGCCGUCGUAGCAGCUUUGAACGCAGGAUACAGACAUUUGGACUGUGCUUGGUUCUACCAAAAUGAGAACGAAGUCGGAACAGCCGUUAAGGAGUUCCUUGCUGCCAACCCAAGUGUGAAGAGAUCCGACAUUUUCAUUGUCACAAAGGUCUGGAAUCACCUCCACGACCCUGAAGAUGUCGAGUGGAGCUUGAAGAACUCGUUAGAAAAGCUUCAAACCCCUUACAUUGAUGCAUUCUUGGUACACUGGCCAAUUGCUGCAGAGAAGAAUGAGGACAGAUCAGUCAAGAUCGGUGCUGAUGGAAAGUACGUCAUCAAGAAAGAUUUGACAGAAAACCCAGAGCCAACAUGGAGAGCAAUGGAGAAGUUAUACAAGGAGGGACUCGCGAAGGCUAUCGGUGUCUCCAACUGGACCGAGAAGGGAAUUGAGCAGCUUUUGUCAUUCGCUGAGGUUAAGCCAACAAUUAACCAAAUCGAGAUCCAUCCUUUCCUUCCACAACAAAAGCUCAUCGACUACUGCCUUUCGAAAGAUAUUGUACCAGUUGCAUAUUCCCCAUUGGGAAGCCAAGACCAAGUUCCUGGUACUGGUGAAAAGGUUUCUACCAACAAAGAUCUCAAUGCCAUCGCAGAGAAGAAUGGUGCUUCGCUGGCACAGGUAUUAAUCGCAUGGGGAUUGAAGAGAGGUUAUGCUGUUUUACCUAAGAGCAGCAACCCAGGAAGAAUUGCCGGCAACGCAAAAUUAAUCACUCUUAGUGAUGAAGAUUUUGCGGCUGUCAACAAGGUCGCAGAAGGAAGAGCAACUAGAUUCGUUAAUAUGAAGGAUACCUUCGGUUACAACGUUUGGCCAGAAGAGAAGUAAUUUGGGAUUUGAGCUGGUCUCAUAUUGGGCGUCAGGAUAAAAAUAUUUAAAUUAACGAUUGGUAGAAUGCCAUGAAAUGCA